AUGCUCGUGGUCCUAUCGAGAGUGUUUGUCCAUGCCCGUCAGUGGACUUUUUUCCCUGCCUGUGCUUGUCCGUGCCCGUCCGUGAAAGCGCUUGAAGAGCAAGAAGAAAGCGUUAUGGAUGUGGAUCAUAUUAAUUACCAACAAGACUUACAAAAUGCGAUCAAUGAUGAUAAACAACAUCAAGAAGCAUCAAAGAGUCAAACAGUUGUCGAGCAAAAUUCAGGUGAAACUAUUCUCAAUGGUGAUACUACUAUUACUCCUUCAAAAGAUGAUAUGAAAAAUAAUGACCAUGGUGUACUCUUAAGUCCAAAAGAUAAACGACAACGAACAACAACAUUAGUUGUCAUGGGCCUCAUAGCACUUAUGACGGGUAUUGAUUAUGCAAUAAUUCUACCUACUGCAUGGGGUUAUAUUAACCAAUAUAUGGUUGCUCACUAUAGUGGUUUAGUGAUGGGAGCAGUAUUAUCUGUGUUCGCCUUUUCGGGUGCAGUUUCUGGUAUUGUAUUAGGAUAUUUGAAUGAUAUAGGCUAUCGUCUUAAACGUUUAAUACUGGUUGCGUUCUUAUUUAAAAUUCUUGGAAAUAUUUUAUAUUUUCUUGGUAUUAAUGUUUACGUUAUCGUUAUUUCUCGACUAAUUACGGGUAUCGGUAUGGGUGUGGUGCCUCCUCUUCUAGCCGAAGUAUCGCGUCGUUCAAUGACUGCGAGUCCUACACGAUUAUUAGCAAAAAUAUUAGCAUGUCGUCAAAUCGGCCUUUUUCUUGGACCAUGCUUUACUUUGGUAAUGACACAAAUGAAUUUUAAAAUUGGAUCAAAGGUUGUGACAAUGUACAAUGCACCAGGACUAAUUAUGAGUGUGUUAUGGUUCAUCAUGGAAAUAAUCGUAGUAUUCUUCUAUUUUGAUAGACCUAACACCACAAGUGAGAUUAAUGAUGGAACAGCCGGUAGUAUGCUAACAGCGAUUCAUAACAAAAAAACAACAGUUCCAAGUAUUUUACGUCAGUGCUAUAAUAUAUGCAAAAAACCACCAAUCCUUGUGUUACUCACUGCUAGUUUUGUGGCAUACUUCAACCAAACUGCUCUAGAAACAACACUUACACCAUUUACCACUUAUCAAUUUGGUUGGCAUGAACUACAAGUGUCAAUAUUAUUCGCCAUAGCCGGUAUCGAAAUAACACUUGUUUAUGUUGCCUUACAUUUUGCAUCGAAAGCAUUUUCUGAACGUGCUAUUUUACUUUUUGGUUUUAUUAUUUUAUCUAUCGCGUGUUUGGUUGGUGUGGUUAUUCUUCCGUUUUCUAAACCCGGAUCGACAAAAUUCUUGCCUAUAUUUCUUGUAUUCGUAUUUCUUGAUAUAUUAGCUUUGCCUCUACUCGUUGUGACAUCAACAGCAGUAUUUAUGCUAUUAGUUAAAGAUGAAAAUCAAGGUUUAGGACAAGGAGUACAACGAUUCGUAAUUAGUGUCGCAACAAUAGUAGGUCCAUUAUAUGCUGGAGGUUUGUUACAAGAAGUGUUUACUAUGCUAUGCACAAUGCUAGCCAUCGUUGUGUUCACUAUGUUUUUAAUUAUCAUUACUUAUAAAAAAUUCAAACCAAAAGAUGUUAGCGAAGAAUCAAUGGCACUUAUCCAACAAUCAUGA